AUGAACAGUGAGAAUAUUAUAUCUGUGAAAUCUUCGCAGGGGAAAGUGAAUAUUGCAAACGAUUUUGGUAAACACAGUAUGGGCUCCAUGAACGUUUCUAAUAUUGACAUUACUGUAACACACCCUUACUCUGCCGAAACUGCAUCUAUUAACAAGACUGGACUGGGAAAAAUUCACGACUCGACAUUUACACCUAGAUCCCCUGAGCCUUCUAUGAACGGCGAAGACAAGAAAGCCUCUUACUUUUCCGGAAACGAGAACGAGGAUGAGGCAUUAGACUUGUUUGGUGAUAAUGAGUUUGAAGAAGAAAGUUUACCAUAUCAAGACAAUGACUAUUCUUCCCAAUAUCUACAUCCCACACCCCCAUACACAAAUUAUGAUGAUGAGUCUCCCUCAUCCCCUUCACAACCGUCCGAAGGAGCUGGCAAGAAGCAUAUAUUAGAAACCAAUGCCUCUACACAAGCGGAUGUCAACGAGACCCCAAUCAAGCGUCAACGCUAUGAACACGAACCGUCGUAUCAUCCAACCCGAGGUCAACCCGAACAGCAAGAGCCUCUUCCCACUGAUAUGCAAACAAACUCAAAGCUUCCUGUAGUACCUCCUUUCUCGGAAAAGGUCUCGAAUACCGCUGGCGGUAAAGCUCAAGUCAUUACAAACAUGCAGGACAGCGCAGUUGAUGAGAGUGAAUACGUUUCACCGAAGGAGUAUCCCCCAAUGACGAAAGAGCAACACAAGUACAUCCAUGCCAUGCUUCGUCAACUUCGUCGUGGUCGUGAUUCAAUUCCUUUUCGUGCCCCAGUUGAUCCAAUUAAACAAAACAUUCCUGAUUAUCCUACAAUAGUGAUGCGCCCAAUGGAUUUAGGGUCCAUUCAGAAAAAGUUUUCGAGUGGACAAUAUGCCAGUGCCGAGAACUUUAUCGACGAUAUGAACUUGAUGUUUGAGAAUUGCUUUCUUUACAAUGGUACAGAAUCUCCUGUGGGUGUGAUGGGUAAAAACCUACAGGCAACCUUUGAGCGUCAAUUAAAGCAACUGCCUUCCCCGUACGUCACUAGCUCAUCUAGACCAGGACGACGUCCUCGUAAUGUGCCUGCGGCUACUAGACCCACGAGUAGUCGGACGCGAAGGCAAUCUGCUUUAUCGUCCGGCCGCGACAACGUGUACGAUCUAAAGCCUCACCGCAGAAAAGAUGCAGCUGAAAUGAAAUUUUGUCAGUCUGUGCUGAAGGAGUUGUUGAAAAGACAACAUGAGUCAUAUGCGUAUCCUUUCUAUAAACCAGUGAAUCCUAUCGCUUGUGGUUGUCCCGACUAUUACAAAAUUAUCAAGCACCCCAUGGAUCUUUGCACGAUGCAAAACAAGCUGAAUCACAAUGAAUAUGCGUCUCUUAAAGCUUUUGAAGCUGACAUGUUGCUCAUGUUUAAGAAUUGCUACAAGUUUAAUCCUGCUGGCACACCGGUACACAUCAUGGGUAAAAAGCUUGAAUCUGUAUUUCAGAAACUGUGGGCCGAGCAGCCUGAUUUUGAUUCUGAAACCUUAAGUUCACUUUCCUCUGUAAAUCCCGACUACUAUUAUGGUGACAAUGAUGUUUUCGACAGUGCAGACGAGUUCAUGGAAGAUGACGGGGAAGAAUUUGAAGCUGUUAACCGACAGAUAUAUAGACUUCAGAGCACUUUACGCGCGAUGAAGACGCGUGCCCGCCCCUCUUCAGCUUCUCAUCGUUCUCGUUCUCGAAGCCUGAGUAUUGACCAGUUCCCACCUAUUACUUAUGAAAUGCAGAAUGAAUUAGCCGAACAAUGCAACUACUUAACGGCUGAUCAAUUGACGCAUGUCGCCGAAAUUCUGCGUUCUGCAUUACCGCAUCUUCGUAAAACCGAUGAAAUAGAAAUUGAUGUAUCGUCGAUGCCUCCUGAUGUGUUCUUUAAAGUUUAUUACUUUGUAUGCAAGGGAGACGAAUCGGCUGCCGAUUACAUCUUAAUGUCACCUCAACCACAGAAGGAAGAAAGAAAAGGUCGUGCCUUGUCAGAAAAUGAGCAAGCCGAGAAGAUUCGCCAGCUCCGUGCUCAACUCGAUCGCUUUGCAGGAAUAACUAACCAGAAUAAAGGAUUGAAUAAUUCUUCAGCUGCCUAUCAGUCGAAGGCAUUUGCUACGGAUGAAUCGUCUUCUGAAGAUGAUGGCGAAAGCAGCGAAAGCAGUAAUUCAGCAUGA